AUGUCUGAGUCAACAGAAGCCUAUGAGUAUUUAUUCAAAUUUCUGAUCAUUGGCAGUGCAUCAACCGGAAAAUCUUGUAUUUUGCAUCAAUUCCUCGAAAAUAAAUUUAAAGAAGAUAUUACACAUACUAUCGGCGCUGAGUUCGGUUCGAAAGUGAUUAAUGUAAAUCAGAAAAAUGUCAAAUUGCAAAUUUGGGAUACAGCUGGCCAAGAACGAUUUCGAUCGGUAACACGUAGUUAUUACCGUGGAGCAUCGGGUGCCUUGUUAGUCUACGAUAUCGCAAAUCGAGAAAGUUACAACGCCGUUGCUAAUUGGUUAUCCGAUGCUCGUUCAUUGGCCAGUCCGAAUAUUGUUAUUAUAUUAUGUGGAAAUAAGAAAGAUUUAGAUGAACAACGACAGGUGACUUUCGACGAAGCCAAUCGAUUUGCUGAAGGAAAUGAUCUAAUGUUUCUGGAAACAUCUGCCAAAACGAAUGAAAAUAUCACGGAAAGUUUUCUGAACUGUGCACAGAAGAUUCUAAACAAGAUCGAAUCAGGUAGUAUUGAUCCGUAUCGAAUGUAUUCAGGCAUUCAAUUUAAUCGAUCACAAGCUGCUAAUCGAUAUAAUCCAAAUGCCAAUGAUAGUUCCGCUAAUGAAAGAUUACAAAAAUCAACAAAUAAUUGUGCAUCAUGUUAA